GCUCGAGAACUUCCGGUGCGUUUCGGCGGUGCGCGAGAGCGGGGAGAGUCCGAAGCUGUUGUUCUGGAAGACAGGAGGGAUUCUCUUUUUGGUCACCUAGCGCUGAUCCCAUGGCUGCCAUGCAGAUGGAUCCUGAGCUUGCCAAGCGCCUCUUCUUUGAAGGGGCCACUGUGGUCAUCCUGAAUAUGCCCAAGGGGACAGAGUUUGGCAUUGACUACAACUCCUGGGAGGUGGGCCCCAAGUUCCGGGGUGUGAAGAUGAUCCCACCAGGCAUCCACUUCCUCCACUAUAGCUCUGUGGACAAGGCCAAUCCCAGGGAGGUGGGGCCUCGUAUGGGCUUCUUCCUUAGCCUGCAGCAGCGAGGCCUGAUAGUCCUGCGCUGGAAUGCCGUCCAGGAAGAGGUAGACCUGACCCCAGCCCCAGAGGCUGAGGUGGAGGCCAUGAGGGCCAACCUCCAGGAACUGGACCAGUUCCUGGGCCCUUACCCAUAUGCCACACUCAAGAAGUGGAUUUCACUCACCAACUUUAUCAGCGAGGCCACAAUGGAGAAGCUGCAGCCCGAGAGCCGGCAGAUCUGCGCCUUCUCAGAGGUGCUUCCCGUGCUCUCCAUGAAGCACACCAAGGACCGCAUGGAGCAGAAUCUACCUCGCUGUGGCACUGAGUGCAAAAGCUACCAGGAGGGCCUGGCCCGGCUGCCAGAGAUGAAGCCCAGAGCCGGGACAGAGAUCCGCUUCUCAGAGCUGCCCACACAGAUGUUCCCAGCAGGUGCCACGCCAGCAGAGAUAACCAGGCACAGCAUGGACCUGAGCUAUGCCCUGGAGACGGUGCUCAGCAAGCAGUUCCCCAGCAGCCCCCAGGAUGUGCUUGGUGAACUCCAGUUUGCCUUUGUAUGCUUCCUCCUGGGGAACGUGUACGAGGCAUUUGAGCACUGGAAGCGGCUCCUGAAUCUCCUGUGCCGCUCCGAGGAAGCCAUGGUGAGGCACCACACCCUCUACGUCAACCUCAUCUCCAUCCUGUACCACCAGCUUGGCGAGAUCCCGGCCGACUUCUUUGUGGACAUUGUCUCCCAGAACAACUUCCUCACCAGUACUUUACAGGUUUUCUUUUCCUCCGCCUGCAGCGUUGCCGUGGAUGCCACCCUGAGGCAGAAAGCUGAAAAGUUCCAAGCUCACCUGACCAAGAAGUUUCGGUGGGACUUUGAGGCAGAGCCAGAGGACUGUGCCCCAGUGGUGGUGGAGCUCCCUGAGGGAGUAGAGACUGGCUAACUGGGAAUACUGUUGGCCAGGGGCGGUCCCUUCCCCCACGGCUGCCGUGCUGGCCUCUCCAUUCACCCCUGCCUUCUGGGACCUGCAGGGGUAGUGGCCCCACCAGGUUCUGCAAAGAUGGAGCCAGAAUUCCCUCUUUCACCAAUAAAUAAGUUUCUUCAGUGCCCAACAGGCAAUAUGCAUCCCGAAGGCACAUUCAUGGGUUCUCGUCAGGGGAAGGCUAACCUGACCAGAUUCCAGCUCUUUCAGAAGCUCUCGGGAGAGACCUGCCUCAGCAGCACCCUACUUCCUUCCAGAGGAGAAGAAUGUGAGCCAGUAGCCUAAGAAAACUGAUUGUUUAUUCCAUAGGAUGGUUAGAAUAACAAGAAACCCUGGAUGGCACAGUGUCUGAGCUAUCAGUUGGUGAUUUAAAAGUUAAACAGGAUGGUAGGGAGAUGAGCUAGAAUUUCUGCCUGUCCUUGUUGAAUGGGAACACAUCACAGAAGACACGGGCAUGGGACCACUCACGAGCUCCAGACUGGGGAGAAGGGACCCAGAAGACAAUUGGGUUGAAUCUGACAAGUGGGCAGUUUUGGCGUUCUCCAAAUAAGUCCCUUCCUUCUGUCUAGAGGUCCCAGUGGGUAGUUGUCCAAGACUGUUGUGGCUUCUGACCUCAAGGGCCUUCCCAAUGCCACGUCUCUCCCAUCUGUUCCAUUCUGAGGCCUCAGACCCAGAGGUGAGACUUGGCAACCCUUCCAUAUGGCCCCAUUCCUCACCAGAGUCACCAUGACUCUUUCCGAUGACCUGGCGAUUCAACAACAAAGAGAGAGGUUCUUGCUCUGGAGAGGCUUCUUUGGCCCCUUUGAAGUUCUGUGCCUUUAUUCAGGGCUCUGGAGAUGACCUGGCCAACCUAGAUCUUCCCAGUCCUGCUGUGGAGCUGUCAGCCACGGGAGUAAUGAUGCUCCCAUUUCCUCGGAGUCCUGAGGGCAUGCCCGUCACACACAGGUUCUGCCACCCUGAGCACAAACCACUGUACUACGACAAGAGUCCCUGUGCCAUUCUUUUCCAAGGUGCGGCUCAUACCAGGUUUCUGAAUGAGAAUCCAUGCUGGUUAAGACUUUUGGUUCCACUUGUUUCCUUGGAGUUGUUUUUCCAAGAGCAUAAUGUACAUUAAAGUCUUUGAGUUGAGACUGAA